AGAAAUGAACAAGUUCCAGCAAGGGACUCCAGGGGAAACCUGCACCGAGCAACAGCUGUCCCCAGGAGAAGCCCAGAGCUGCCAGGAGCUCUCUGACUGGGAUGAAGGCCUUGAGCAAGAGCUGGACCAAGUAUGGGGGAGCUACUGGCAUUGCCGGGACUGGGAUGAAGGCAGGGACCAAAAGCCCUCCCCAGUUGUCUCCGAGUGGGACGAGUGCAGAGAGCAGGAGCCGUGGCAGGCGGACAGUGAUCACUGUCAGGAAUUCUCAGACUGGGAACAAUCUCCUGAGCAGCGGCUGUCCCCAGGAGAAGGCACGAGUCGCCGGGCACUCUCGGAUUGGGAUGCUUGCCGCAAGCAAGAGCUGUCCCAGGAAGCGGCCAGGAGGGACAAAGAAACCUCAGCCAGGCAGGAGUGCAUUGGCCAGGAGGUGACUGGAGGCAAAGCAAAGAGAAAAUCCUCCAGGUCCAGCUGGGAUGACGACAGUGACCGAGAGCUGGCGCAGGACAGUGGGGAAUGCAGUGACAUCCUGAGCAGCCAGCUCCAGGCCUGGCAGCGGGAGGAUGAUGACUGGGAUCAGAAACAUGUGGAUGGAGUAGGGAUGAGCAUGAGCAUUUGGGCUUUACAUAGACAGAAUACUUAUGUGUGUAGUUGAUGGAAUUUUGCCCUUGUCCUUUUCCAAGGCACAGAGUGAGGCUUCUUUUCCACAUUCCAUGAUCAGAAGGGAGGACUGAAAGAAGAAGUCUGAGGGAAUUUUAUAGAAAAGUUUCUGGCCAUGUCAGAGGCAUUAAGUUCUCAUAUCCAAUAAGAAUGUGCCACAUGAAUAAAGAAAAAAAACCCUACCCCAUCAACAACUACAACAAAACCCCCCCAAAAAACCCACAAACCAGGAGGGCAAAAAUGUAUUAAUCAAUAACAAUUAAUUUAGGAUGAAUUUAAAUUCCCACCCAAAAACUUAAUUUAAAUUCAGAUCCCGGUUUUAUCAGGGCUGUUUAGACCCACGAUGGAAGAAACAUGCCUUGACCCACAGGACAUUUUUUAGGGACUACACAGACAAAUUGGUGGGAUGAAUCUCCAGGGAUGGAAAUAAAAAACCACUGACCCAAAGCCAGCAAUAAAUCUCAGCCCACUGUUUGGCCAAGCAGUGUCAGAGAGAAGAGCCACACUCAGCUUGUGUAUACAGCUGAUGCAAACUUUAGAACCCUCAUGGACACUGAAACUGCAUCAUCUGAAAACUUCCCAGCCUUUUGUCUCUGUCUUCAAAGGCAGGGAAGUUCUGAUUUAGUCACUGGGGUAGAAUUGCAACAGAAGUUGUCUAGGGGGCACAGAUCUUUUCUACCAGCUGGCUUUCCCUGAGUGUUUUUCAGUACUGUGUUAUGUUCCUGCAUUCCUUUUUAGAAGAGAGAAGACCUCCACAGAGAGAUGCUCUUUCAUGGGUUCAAUCAGUAUAAACAGAUUUACCUGAGCAGCUUGUUCUACUACUGAAAUACAUAAAACUCCACUCCACUUUGGUUUUUUUGUUGUUGUUGUU